GUUGCCACGGACGCUUCUUGUUCCCGGAACUAACCAAAAUAACUCAACAAAUCACUGACCGGAUAACGGGAGUGUGUUUAUUUGGUUCACACACUGAUUGUACGUAACCAAAUGUUCAUUUCUACCACUAAGGCUGACGUGGUAGUUUGUUAAUUCACAGGGAUGGACGCGGUUUCAGCCACAAUUAUGGAUUUUUGUCAUUCAACGAUACACUGCAGAAGUUUGUGUGUCAUUCUGUGCAGCUAUAUUUGACUGCUGCGUACAAACACCCACUUAACAAGACUGAGCACGUUGAUGGAUUAACAAGGCAUGGAAUAACAACUAGCCGGCAAAACAGAGCAUCAUGGAAUGGCGGGGGGAUUUCCCCGACGACCACGCCUUUGUGGAGCUGCUGGUUCCAGGGGUUUCCAGUGAUUUGGACUUUGAACAGCUUCUAAAAGACACUGAGGAGAAACUCAAUCUGAAUGCCAGCAGUAUUGAACAACACCUGAAGGAGCUUCAGACCAAAAUGGGGGACCCAAGGAUGGCGGAUCGUCCCCCGAGUCCUACAGAGUGCCUACAAUGGUUCAACCUCCGAGCACAAAACAAGCUAGCUGCCACAGGACACCAGGAACUGCUGGACUUCUUCAAAGCUUUGCAACUGUAUCUGAAAUCAGAUGAGCGGGGGAAAGAAGAAGCUGCUCUCCAGCUCCUGCUCUGCCUGUCUUCCCAGUGUGGCGUCUGCUUUCCUUGCACCCCUACCUCUUCUUCCUCAUCCUGUCCAUAUUCUCAGCUGACAGAUUUCUCCAUCCAUACGGUGAAAGAUAACAAUUCAUUAGAGAUCCAGGAGUUAUGGAAUGCUGUACGUCUCCACCUGCGACGUUACCUGAUGGAUCGACUGUUGUGUCGCAGCCCAGAGUUCUGUGAAUGCAGAAAGAUGUCCUCUUUGACCACCUUUGAAAAGGUCCACUGUCUACAGCAGUUAUUCUUUCUCUACCCAGAGUGUGAAGUUCUCCGAUAUUAUCAGGGUCUAAAACGCCAGCAUGUGUUGAGUGUUCUGCACUCAAGCUUGAACUCCAGCCCCGGUGGUGAGACUGGCUUUGACAGACUGGCGGCAGGGUUCUGCAGUGCGGCCCCACAUCUGAGUCGAGCCCUCACAGAGGAGCUCCAAGUCCUCACAAAAGUAACAGAACCCAAAGCAAUUCUUGGUUUUCUCAAUGUGACUUACCUCAGCACUUUGGCCCAAGAGCUGGCCUCCCAGAUGGAGAAAGAGUGUGAGAUAGCCCAAAGGGAUAACAGCGCACUGAGCAGCAAGAGCAAAAAAUAUUCAGCCAGGUCCAGAGCAAGCGUGGCACCUAUGGAGCUCCCUAUAAAAGCCAGGAGCUUUAGCUUGACCUCUCAUCAGCUUAAAGCCUUAAACCAGCUGGCCUGUGCACUGCUGAAGUUUGAGAGCGACCUACGGGAGCUGGUCACCAACAUGACAUUCAUCGACUGUAUGGGGGACACCCCCCGGGUAAAAGGCAUCUUGAAGAAAAGUAGAGAGGAUUUAAAUGCGACACCAGACGGCAAGAAACCCACCGAGGCACAGACCCUGGAGUUUGACUGGAGUUCAGCAUUUCUCGGGCUGGUCCCUCACAUGGAGCAUUGUGUCAAAGUAGUGCUGGAUGACGCCUGUGCCAAGAGCCUUCAGCAGGAAGAGGCCUUACGCUCCUCUGGACACGCUGCUGUCACCCUGAGCCCCGUCACCGCAGACGCUGUCAGAAACCCUCAUCUGAAGGAAGACUCUUUCUACAAUCACUCAGAGAGAGAAACUCCAAAAAUGAUAGUCAAGUUCUGUGCAGCGAUCCUGACGGAGCUUGAUGCCUUACUGCCGCUGGCAGCAGCCUGCAGGGACACGUCUCUCCUGGAGGUUCAGUCGAGCUUUGUGGAAGCAUGUGGCAGGGCAGCGUUUGCCAUGUUGGGGCGAUUGCAGGAGAGGGCCCUUGAAGUGCCAUCUUCGGCACCCCUGACCAACUUGCCUGCUCUGUUGGCCACCUGCAUUUAUGUUCACCAGCGACUAGAGCAUUACAGUGCCAGGCUGAAGGACUCAAACUCUACAGCAACCAAAAUACCCUUGACUUUACUUCCUAUCCAAAAGUUUCAAGACACAAUAGAGGGUUUGAGAGAUCAGCUGACCAGCUACUGCAUUCAAGUUUGCUUGACCAGCAUUUUUCAUGACCCAGAGAGUCACGACUGGGCGGACCCCAAACCUUUCUAUGAGGGGGAGCGGUGUUCCUUUUCGCUGCAGAUGUGGUUCUACUUCCUGUGUGGGCUUCGCAGCGACCUGUGGAUGGUCCUUCCAGCUGAGUUGGCUAAGGAUGUGCUUGGACAAGUGCUAAUGGAAACUUUACAGCUCUUAGUUAAAAGAUAUGCCAGAGUCCGUGCUUCCUACAAGAGACACCUUCAAAUCAGAUGCGACAUCGCAGCAGUGCUGCUGUAUGUGGAGAACCUUAUGUGGAGUCUAUGUGAGGGUCCUGAUGCUUUGGUCUGGCGUAACCCUUCCUCAGAAAAUAACAGAACAGCAAGUGGUUGUGACUGGUUAUACCAAAUCCACAGUCUGUGUAACCAACUUCUGACCAUCCUCACCAUUGUCACAGCACCAUUGUCUUUGCUGUUCAGGACAUUUAUAACUGAGGCUUCAAAGGAGACCAUUUUGCGCCAACCCAACAUGCAUGGUGUACACUGGCUACACACCAUCAACCCUGACCUAUUUACAGAACAGGUCAUACGAGAUGGCCUUAUGGGCCAGACAGCUUUGGCGUGUCAGCUGAGGCUACUGACCUCUGACCCAGGACACAACCCCAAGUUGCUGCUGCGGAUGCUUUUGCACGGAGACUGCCACCUGCCCAAAAUACUCCUGGAAAAUUCUUAUUUCUGCGAGGAGAAUCAUUUACAGGCGACCACAGAAAACCACAAGGCAGGAGAUGACUUCAUAAUGGCUUUAUUUCAACUUUUGUCGUGCCUGAACACCGUUCCUAGAGCACUGACUCAGGCUCUUGAGCCAUACCUUGAGAAGGCUCACGUAUGGGAACAUCUGUACUCAGUAGCAGACAAAACACGGACAGUACCUGUGGUGAUCAGCUGUCUCCGGGCAAUCGUGGCAAAUUCAAUCAAAGGCAUCUCUGCACAUCUGGUGUCCAUGGUGCUGGCAUGGCAGACCACUGAGGGGUCUCGAGGAUCCCUUUUAAAGCAGAAAUUUCCAGAAAGCGUGCUGGCGAAAAUACCAAAGGAGUGGAACUAUACAACACUUGAUAUCAAAGAAAAGGACUCUGUCAAUCAGACUGUCAUAUCCAUAGCGAUUCAAGCUCUAUCCUUCAUUUUCACCAACUUGCCUUUGGCGGUAGCCUCCUUGCCUCUUUCCAUCCGCUUCCUCUUUCAAGUGGCAGAGAAACACCUGUCCCAGCAUGCCCGGCAGCUGCGCUCAGUGGGGUUGUUGCUCUGGGCUCUACUCGGCUGCUUGAUCCAGGACCUGGACGCACCAGACACAUCAGAGCAGCUAAGUGGUUUGGGUCUAAACACCGAGGCAAAAGACUGCCUUUCCCUGCUGGCCGAGUGUCUCCAGGCUGUCAUGAGCAUUCAGCAAAAGGGCGUUCCCAAACCUUCAGUGCACAAAGUUCUGCAGGCUCUAGAAGAUAGAAGACCCAAGUGGAUCAAUAUGCAGCUGCAGAAGGCCCGCAAACUCUGCACAGGCAGCGUAUUUGAGCAAGAAGCAGAGAGAGGAGUUGCCUCGGCUGAACUGACUGAGCAGAAAAUAGGCCUGAUGCUGCUGGAGGUCUGCCACAAAGCAGGUGGCAGCAACUACCUGAGGCAGAUCUAUCACAUCAUCCAAGGCAAUGAGGAACUGCUGAUGUUCAAACUGGGUGCUGCCACAGAUUUUCCAGAUGACCUUGACCUCAGGGUGAACUUUGACCCAAAGCCUCCUAUAGGUGCUCCCGGUUUCAACCCUCUACUUCAGUUUGACCACAUUGGAGAGAAGAAGUUUGAUCAGAGUGCUGUGGUUGACUGGGCUUGGGACUGGCCGAAGCUGCUGCCAGCCUAUGAGGGCAUGAGUCAGGUCACCUUCAGGAGUCUUCUGGCUAACAGGUGGGAUUUACAGGAGGGUGCAGAACUGGAAGACGAAGAGAAAGCGAUGGUAGAAGAACUUCAGAAAACCUUUCUUGUUUGCUCCUGCAGCGUGGGACCACAGGGCUCUCCUGGAUUUGAUGAGACACCAGCAAAGCAGACCCAAGGGGAAACACAUCCACCCGAUAAAAGCGCUGCCCAAUAACAGUCCACACAGUUGGUAUUUUUAUCAUGUUGUAAAUGUCUUCUUUUAAUACCGUACACACUUGGAACUCUCAAGGUAGCAAUGUGUCCCUGUGUGUGUGUGCUUUUGCACGUUUGCUGUUGUAAUUUGGUUUUCACAUGUACCCUGCGCUGGAAAUUUGCAUAUGUAUCUGCAUAGCGACAUAAGAGAGGGGACAAAAAAACAAAAAUGUGUGAAAGCUGGUGGCUUUUUCUUUUUGCACACACCUCAGACAAACUCUCUGUGCUGUUCAAUGCUGCAUCAGAUGUGUUUUAUCUUUUUGAAACACAUCUGCAGAAAUCAGUUCUGGGAUAUGGGGGAGCCUGGAUUUGUUUGCCUGGGACAAGAUGGAGCUGUGUGAUCAUUGUAGGCAGUUGAAGUUUUCUUUUUUUUUUUUUUUUGAGUCAGUGAGGGUAAAGAUAUUGAUGUCAGCAUACUCUCUCUUGGUUACUGAAAGAAAACAUCAAACAUCAUAUUUUGGAAGCACAGUGAUAUCCGUUUUGGUUGUGAUGUGUCUCAAAAAUUUGCCUCACUGCGAAAUAUCUGUCAGUAUUUUUCUGCAAACUGCAGUAAUGUGUAAAAAAAAUUGUAGCAUUUUUAUAAAUGAGUUUAUACUUUUACUAUUUUUAAGAAAUACUAAGAAUGCAAUAUUUUAAAACCAAACAGGAAAAAAGUUGAAUUUCUUCCUACCUCAUCCUGGACAUUUCAUAUACUCUGCAAAUGCAAAAAAUGUAGAACCCUAAACAUCUUUAUGGACUAAUGUUGCAUUAUGUGUUUCCCCUACUUUCUCCUAAGUAUAAAUAUGGAUUUAACAAGUUUAAUCAUUACUUUGUUCCUACACAUGAAUGCAGCUCACAAAAUCUGCUAAACAACGCAAAUCCUUUAAGAGAUAAAAGAAAGAAGAGAAAAUGUUUUUCUGCUUAACUAGAUUUUCAAUGCAAAUGUAGAAAGAUUAAAAUCACCAAACUACUUAACGAAGACAAAAGACGGCAAGUGAAUUCUGCUUUUGUCAUUGGUAAAACAGUGAAAUAGCAACAAAGCAGUAUUAGUCUUCUUACUGUAUCAAAUGCAACAAUGCAACCAUUUAACUGUGCAAUUGCAUAAACAAAGUAUUUGGCUCCCCAAACUGUGCUUUUAUGAUAACUGGGUCCUACAAAGAAAGAGCUUGAUCCCUUUUACUAUUCCUCUCUACCUCUUAUAGUAAGCAUUACACAUCCAUUUGUGCUCCUAAUGUAUGCAGGUGAUAGGCUAAGAAGACAACUGUCAGUAAAGCUUAGUGAUUCAACAAGAAAGCAUAUUCUAUUAGAGACUUUCAGUAGCGGAUUGUCAGGCUACAUAAUCAUUUAGCAGUUGAAGCUUUGUAAGGGCAUCAUUCGCAUAUUUCACAGGGAAACUAUUUUCCAGUUUUGCUGCUGACGCUUCGGUUGGUGCAAUACCUGGAGAUGAAACCGGGUUGGUUUGUUGCUUUCAAUUCCCGUGUGAAGGAAAACAUAACUGAAACAUAAAUAACAUCCUUUCUUGAAUUUUUUUUUCAAUAAGUAAUCAUCAAGAAAAAUGUAAUGAACAUCUGAAACAGUAAAAAUAUAAUAAAAAAUUCAGAAAUAUUCGAAGCAUUUAAAACCUUUCUGCCAUACUUUGUCUAUUUCAAAUUCACUACAGUUUGCAGACAUCUUGUUUGCUAAAAAAAAAAAGCAAUUGAGCUGAUUUCAAGACACUUUUAUUCAACUUUUUUAUUACUCCAGUAACUGCAUUCUAGUUCAGUGAAAGCCAGCCAAAACUCUUGAUAUUUUAUCUAAAAACUGCUCUCCAGUCGUUCCGAAUGUGAUUGGCAAGGUGAUGAAAACUGAGUCUUGACAGUUGUUGUUUUUUUUUUAACAGCAAUAUUUUAAAUCCUUUUUCAUGAAUGGUUUGUCAUUUUAUUUAUGAAAUACUCAGACACUCAUACAGAUGCAAACUUUGUAACAGUUAAUAAAACAAGUUAUACUUUUCUACAUGUUUUUCUUUGAUUUUGAAGAUCCUUUGUUGAUGUUUUUUUCAUAUCUAAAUAAUAAAUGAGAUAUUUUCUUCAAUU